AUGUUUAGUGUUGAUCUUCCACCAAUUCCAAAUGCAUUGGCUUGUGUAGUCUUAGUGAUCUCCUGGAACUUAAAAGAGAAAGCAUUCAGAGAAUUGUCCAACCAAGGAUUGGCACCUCUGGUUCUUCACAAUGAUUUUCAGACAUACAAGAAGGUACAAAAGUUGCUUAGUAAAACCAAUGGGAAUGUGGUUGGUGAGUUGAUGACACCAGCCCCGGUGGUUGGCCUUGAAUCCGCUAAUCUCAAGGAUGCUGCUAGGUUAUUGCUCAAAACAAAAUUUCGUCGACUACCAGUUGUAGAUAGUGUUGGUGUGGCGAGGCAAUAA